UUUUCUCUGGGAUGUUCUUUUUGUUUUUAUUUUAAACAUGGCUUUUGUUAUUGAUUUUGACUAGAAAGUAUCUUUCAUACCCUCUCCUGAAAAUUGGCAAUCAGCUUAUAUUUCCUUCAUAUUUAAGUUUUUCCUGCUUUAACCCACCCACUUUUAGUUAGUAAAGGCUUGUUAAUUAGCUGAUGAAUUGAACCAAAUGUCCUAGACCAGAGAUAACACUAACAUUGUCAGUGCAGGGGACUCCAGGAUUAGGUGUAAGAACCACUUUGUGUUUUCAUUCUACAAUAUACUGACAUGUUUAUCUUCACUUUUAGUUCCUCCUGUUGUUGGUGUGACCACUGAUAUGAUUCCUGUUGUUGGUAAGUCUGAAGUGAUCUUGGCCAUGUGCACAGCGGCUAAAGCACAGCCUGCAGCAGAUGUGUCCUGGAGUCUGGGUGCUCUGAGCGACUCUGUAAAAGUACAGACUAACGUUUCUACAGACCCUGAUGGAUCCUACACUGUCACAAGCUAUCUGAUCAGUGUAGCAUCCAAAGAUCUAAACCAGCAGAAGGUUCAGUGUUUGGUGAACCACACCAGCCUGAAUGAGGUGCUGAGACUGGACUACACUUUAAUCAUCCAUUAUCCUCCUCAGGUUGUGUAUAUUAUUUCAGUUAAUGUUCCAACAGCAUCUCAAGAAUUUCAGUGUGUAGUUGAUGCAAAUCCACAACCAGCAAAUUUCACCUGGAGCAGGGUAAACAAGACUCUUUCCAGCCAUGUUGAUGCUGACAGGCUGAUAAUCCCACUGACUUCUGAUAAUAAUGGCGUCUAUAUCUGUAAUGUUUCAAACCAGUAUGGAAAUGGCGCAGGUACCCUUUACGUGCAAGUUUCCAGAGAAUCCACCACUGUCUGUUGGGGUUUGUUCACCUUUCUCCUCCUUGGUUUUAUUGCUGCUUGUUUAAUGGGAUGGAAAUUUAACUUAAUGGAAAGAUUAAGAACAUUUAUGUCAGGACUAAGAAACAGGAUUAGUCACUGAUUCACCUACAAGUGAUGAAAGCCAAAACCAAGUGACAGCACUUAUCUGACUUGACUGGAGUCAAGAGCAAGAGGUCCUGUGAGACUGUCUUACUC